AUGUCUAUACAUCUUGUGCCACCGUUUCAGAGUGUAUACACAACACUGCAACAAAAUAUACUCGAUAAAUUAUUAACUAUUGAUUCAAACUCAUUAACAACACAUGAUGAUGCACUCACAUCUUUCGCAUCGAAUCUUCGUUGCGGAGUAGAAAAGUUACUUAAAUAUCUUGAUGCUUCUGUAGCUGCCAGUAACAAUAUUCGUAUUAAAGUCGACCAGAAACUAACCACUAUUACCAACGAUAUUGCAGCCAAGAAAAGUGAAAUAGCCCGUACUGAUAAUCAAAUUCGAGAUGUGAAUGCAAAAGUUCAAGCAAAACAAUCUCAAAUAAGAGCAGCUGAGCAAUCCGUGAGACAAGCCGAAAGUGUAGUGGCAGAUGCUCAAAAUGCGUUACAUCGUGCUGAACAAGAAGUUGAAGAUGCUAAAUUAUGUGUCGGAUUAUUUGGAAGAAGAAAACGAUUUCUAGGUGACCUAUGGAGUUCAAUUCAAAAUUCAGUUUUAAAACCAAUAGAAUCGGCAGUUAAUAGCGCAGGUAGCGCAAUAGAAUCAGCGGUUAAUAGCGCAGGUAACGCAAUAGUUGAAAAUAUAGUAAAACCUGUUUGUAGUGUUGUUAAUUUUCAACAACUCGAUAAUACAAGAAGAAAUGUUGAGAAUAAAAAAAACGAACUGGCUUCCUUUAGAAAUCAAGUUCAGAUAUUUAGGAAUGAUCUAAACUCAAUUCAAAGUGAUUUAACCACAUAUAAUGCACAAUUAUCUAAUUUAAAUUACCAAUUAAAUCAUUUAUCAAAUUCAUUAAUUGCACUACCAAAUGAACAACAUAUAAUAUUAUCAAUCAAUCAAAAAUUAUCAAAUGUUGUUGGUCAUAUACGGACAUUAUUUGGUGGAUCAACAUCAUUCCUAGAUUCAAUGACAACAAUGAUAGAUUUUGAACCAAUUGUUAAACCAUUAAACGCCAUUUAUGAUGAAUUACAACAAAAUCAGUUCAUUGCAUCAUUUAAUGCUGCCAAAAUAUCGAUGGAGCAAAUAAAUCAAGCCAAAAUAAGUUUGCUAGCAUUGAUUGCGUCAAUACCCAGUAUGCCAGUCAAUAUGGGAAGCACACGCUGUUCGAAUUAA